GUUAAGUCCAUCAUGAAUCGCAAAUUACUUCUCUCCUCAAGUUUCCCUCUCAUCGUCUGAUAAAUCUAGGGUUUUAAAGCAAGGGUUUUGAAAAUUUCCGAUCUUUCUUCGCCCCAAUUCUGUCAAAAUCAUAAGCCAAACACAUUCGCCGCAGCGGUUGAAUCUCUGUACAGCAAUGCGCGUUUUCGUUCACGCCACCACAACAACAAACAUCACUAUUUCAACCCCAACAACAACAUCAAUCGCCGUUUCAACCGAGUGGCGGCAGCCCCUUCUUUCAACCACAGCAAAACACAGCUUCUGCAACAGCAACAGCAGCAAUUGCCGCAGCAACAGAAUCAACUUUUCUGUUUACAAAUGAGAAGACUCCGGCUAGCUACGGGACUAAAUGGGUCGACCUCCACCCCGAUUCUCAGAAGUUUCUCCUUCAAAUCGAAGAGAGAAUAUGGAGUAUAGAGAUGAGAAAGCCAACGUUUGGAUCAGUGUGGAAGACUCUAUGAUUCUUCAGUCUUCAAUGAUGGCUUUGAGCUUGAUGCAAGUCACAUUGUUCAGGUACUUUCUUCUUAGUGUAAAAAGUAAUGAAAAAAACUUCUUAUCGACUUCAUUUCAACAGGAACUUGGUGGAAUCACUACGGCCAUGGAUCGACAAAAGCUUCUAUUACAAGAACUCACAUCAAAUGUCAAAGACAUGCUAAGAAACACAGAGAUUGCUGUUCGUUCCUUCAUGAUCCUCAGUUCCAGGUUUCAACACCCAAACAAACCUCCACCACAACACCACCACAAGCUCCCGGAGCCCCGCCAACCACCACCACCACCACAACCCAACCUACAACCUCCGCCAUAG